CCAGUCCCCCAAUCCCGGAGAGAGUCGAAUUAGCAGAAGUCCCAAUUCCUGCCCCCCUUCUCCCCCCCACAAGAGGCUGCCUCUGCCUCCACCCUUCUGGGGCAGGAGAGGGCAUCUUUGCACUUCUGUAAAGGGAAGGGGGGUACGAACUAUAUCAUCGUGCUGGGCGGACUAGUACGGGCAUACCUGUAGCUCCUAAGGUCCCACUGGGUUUGAGGACAACUUUUCACCUUUCUGGAAGAGAAGAUGUGCUGGAAAACGCUGCUGCUUCUGCUGUUGUGCUACAAUACCCAGGCUACUGUGUCCCAUAGGUGGAGCAGGGCCGUGCUCUUCCCUGCUGCCCAUCGGCCAAAGAGAUCCUCAUCGAUGCCCUUGAACCCCGUCCUGCAGAGCUCCCUGGAGGAGGUUGAACUGCUCUAUGAGUUCCUGCUAGCUGAACUUGACAUCAGCCCUGACCUGCAGAUCUCCAUCAAGGACGAGGAGCUCGCCUCCCUGAGGAAGGCCUCUGACUUCCGCACCAUCUGCAACGACGUGAUCCCCAAGCGCAUCCCGGACAUCCGCCGGCUGACUGCCAGCCUCUCCAGCCACCCCGGCAUCCUCAAGAAAGAGGACUUUGAAAGGACAGCGCUGACCCUGGCCUACACGGCCUACCGCACAGCCCUAUCCCAAGGGCAUCAGAAGGACAUCUGGGCCCAGUCCCUCCGUAGCCUCUUCCAGGCCCUGCGGCACGACCUGAUGCGGUCCUCGGGCCCCAGAGUGUCUCCCUGAGAGACUGGCCUGCGCCAGGACCACGGAGCAGGGACCCAUGCACACAGUAAUCCAAAUACUCUUCACUCUCUACUCCGUUUACAGAGCCCAGCAACAAAGCCCAUGCCACCAACUCAGAGUAGCUGAGGUUAAAAUAAACACCGCCAUGUUCUUUGCCCCUUAUAGAUUCCUGACCAGCACGUCUGACUCGUGUCACAGUGCAACCUGUGCUGGAAGAAAGGGCUAGAGCGGGAAUUUGAAAUGCCUCCAAAGGCCCAGUGAUUUGCCUGGUGACAUGUAGAAGUCUCAGCCAUGCUCCAACACUGAGUGACUGCCAUGAACACCCAAGGCCAAGCACAGAGUUAGAGGAGACAGCACCGAGGUUUGGGCAUGGCGGGAAGACCAGGGGCAGACAUCAGGCUGCGAGGUUGAUUGAACAUCUUUCCAAAGGUUCUAUAGUAAGAGAUUAAAACAAUAACAACAACAACAACAAAACUCAACCUAGAGCUAUAGCCAAAUAAAUACAUUGUCGGUCAAAGAUAUACUUCUCACCUUUUCCAAAAGUCACAAAGAAGAGUCAGUUGGAGAAUCAGUAAUUUUAGGACCUAUAGGUCUUGAUUCUUCUUCUCUGAAAGCUGACCUAAUACAGAGGAGAAACAUAAAGGGGCCCACAGAAAGGCUGCGAACAGUCAUGCCUUGCCUUCUGAACAGAGGGAGCAGGCUAAUGCAGAGAGGGUCACCCUCCUCACCCUAAUGCAGUGGUGGCACCAAAGGCCAUGUCUAUCCAGAUACUUAAAAUCAUUUAGCGUCAUCAGAAAAUGAGGUGCUCCCAGUAAAACGAAUUUUUCGGAUGACGGGAUUUCCCCUUUCAAAGGCCAAAACUUUCCUUUGAGCAACAUUAACUUGGUAUAUUUUUAAGCUCUACAUAUGAAACACCUUAGGCUUUUAUUCAAUAUCUUUGAAACACUCUGAUGAAGGAGUUGGAUAAAAUAAACUCUAAGAUCGCUCUACAUCUGAAAGGUCCAUAAUCACUGAGCUAAGUGAGCUAUUACAGGGAGGACAGCAGGACCUAGGGGUCCACUGGACUGUUUGCCCCAAUCCUGGAAGGCCCCAGGCUUUGCUAAUUCUGCAUGUGCUGUGAGCUCUUCUGCUACCUUCCUCACUGUGAGGCUGUAAGAUGCACUUUUCUUUCUUGCCAACAGAACCCACCCUUCACAGCAUGUUCUUUCUUAGCUGCUAGCACCUGCUAUCCCACAAGAUGGCUAGGCUUGUUAUAAUUCUACGUUAAAUAUGAGAAAGUAGAUGAAGAUCUCUGCUAGCAGGAAAGCACUGGGCUUAAUGUAGACUCCCCACCAGCUCAGAGAUCUUUCUGGCUCUCCUAGGUGGACACUGGGUUUUAGAGGCCAACAUCGCAAGAGAUCUAAUCUUCAAAAGAGUGAGACCUCGUCAGGCUAAAUUUGAUUGUGAAGUGGGUAUUUAAGAGUUGUCAUCUGAUGAUGCCCAAAGCUGCUCUGGACUUCUUAAAAACUUUGAAUAAGUGAUUGCCGAGCAGCAUGAGCUGCAUAAUCACUUUGGAGAAAUAGUAGGAGGGAGGAAGAAGGUAUUCAUCGUCAGAGAAGAAUACAGCUUGGCAUCCUCAUGUUCUUGGGUUCAGAAGAUUAAUAACUGUCAGUCUUUCUGGUUCUCAUUCCCUGGUUGUACUUCUCUCUUACCUCCCUCAAGUGCAGUCUCUAUGAUACUUGCUUUUUGUUCAGUUUUUCUCUUUCUAAAUUAUGUGUUCUCUUUGACAUGGUCACUAAGCUGGUCUCUUUAUUUUAGUUGGUGUCUCUUCUGCUCUAUCUUUGGGCCCAAUUCUGAUUAUCUUUGUAUCCACUUCUUAGAGGCAUCUCCCAGUCUCUUUGGGCUGACUUUUGCUCACUUGAGCUCUGCCCACUUGCACUCUGACCCUCACUGUCUUUCUACCCCCUUUGGGUAUCACUGUCUGACUCAAACAAAGGUCAAGGUAUAGGGUUGGGAUUUCCCAAGAGGAGGAUUGGUCUCAUGGUCUGCCUUCACUAUGUGUCCUUUCCCUGGGUGUGGGGCAAGGAGGAGGUGAGCAGAGGCCUCAACCCUUCCACGUUGUGCAAAAUCCCGACCUCAGAGUCUCGCAUCCCAUCCUGGG